AUGAUUGGUAGCUUGGACUGUAUGCACUGGACAUGGAAGAAUUGUCCAACGGCAUGGCAAGGAGCUUUUCAGGGAAAAGAGAAGUGUUCGACGGUGAUCUUGGAAGCCGUGGCUUCUAAGUCGUUAUGGAUUUGGCAUGCAUUCUUUGGCAUGCCUGGCGCCAACAAUGAUUAUAAUGUACUCAAGCGUUCACCUUUGUUGAAUGACCUGGUAAAUGGUGUUGCUCCCAGGAUUUACUUAACUGUGAAUGGUGCGACGUACAGUCAGGGAUACUAUUUUACAGAUGGAAUUUAUCCUGCCUGGGCAAUUUUCCAAUCCAGUAUCAGUGCGCCCCAAGGCAACAAGCGUAAUGUCGAUGCAAUGAAUGAUGUGAUGCUAGCAUGCAUCAUCCUUCAUAAGAUGAUUUGCCCAGUCGCAAUGAUAGCAAACGCGAUGCAAGUGCUUGAAGACGAAGAACUUCACUAUGAAUUAAAAACGGAUUUGAUCGAACACGUAUGGCAGUGCUACGGUGAUCUCGGCUAG